GUCAUGUCAAAGUUGUCAAAAAUGUGUGAUUGGAAUAAAUGAAAUUAUUUCGCGACUAUUCGCGAAAAAUAAUUAAAUUUGUAAUAAAGUGUGUGGCUGUUAUUUUUUUAUAAUCGUUUAUAUCUGGUUUAUGUUAAUUUAGACGUUUUAUGAGAUAGUGCUAGUGAAUGUACUAAAAAACUUGAUUGUGAUUUUUAAACUCGUAAGAAAUGAAAAAUGAAUAACAGCUCCGAUUAUAUUUAUUGGUCCGAGCUACAUUGCUCAAAGGAUGCUCUCACUGAUAACUAUGGAUGGUUUAUGCAGUUCCUGUUAGCAGUAUUGGCGUUUACUUGUUUAAUAGGUAAAAGGUUUUGUGAGCCUCGGUAUGCAAGGAGACCAUGGCUUAUUUGGUUCUAUGACACUUCAAAGCAAGGGUUGGGAGCACUGAUCAUCCAUGCAGCCAAUGUGUGGCUGUCACCUCACCUCACUGGGAAUCCAUGCACAUGGUACAUAGUGAACUUUAUGCUGGAUUCUACAUUAGGUCUGCUAAUAAUAUGGGCUGGUAUCAGACUAGCUCAGUAUUGUGCAAGAACUUAUGAUAUACCACUCAUCAAUUUUGGUGAAUAUGGUAAGCCGCCCAUGUGCUCUGCUUGGAUAUGCCAAUGCAUAUUGUACGCAGCCCUCGCGACCUUCGCGAAGUCUGUCCUGGCGCUGGUACUCCGACUACCACCAGUGGUCGCCGUCCUCUCCACCUUGCGCCUAUCGCCAGUCUCCGACCCUCGAUUGGAACUGGCCGUGGUCAUGCUCAUCAUACCCUUCUUUGUUAAUAUAUUAAUAUUUUGGGUGACAGACAACUUCCUCAUGUACCAUCCACGAGGAGUGAGCUCGAAGAUAAAGACUAAGGUGAGAUACCAGUCCAUUAAAAAAGAAAAAUCAGGGUCCGAAGAAGAGAGAGAUUCAGCGGACGAGCGACUUUUGGGAGCCAGUAAACUGACAAUGGACGAAAGGGAAUUGAGGAAGCUGGUGCAAACGAAAAAUGGUUGCCGUGUGCCCAUCUUGCGGCCUGUGCCAAACGUACAACAACUGGACAAGCUACCAUUUGUUCCUCUACCACCGUACAAUAGGAUCAAGGAAAAGCAAGAAAGCUUUCGUAAAAUCCUCGAGGAAAAAGCUACUGAAAGGAAAAUAGAGGUAGCCCGACCACCUCUAGAGCGCCGUGAACGCGACCGAUUAGAAAUAUCACAAUCACGACACAUCGCAGUGUUGCGAGUAUGUGCACAAAAGAUUCAACCCCCGCCCAUGUCCAAAGACUGGGAACGAAAAAUUUGUGGCCUCGUACCAGCCAAACUUCGUCACGCGUUCCCCACUUUAAUGGAUGAAUUGAUCAAUGAAACUUCGACAGCUGCUGAAGGCUUAUGCAAAUGGAUAAUUGCUAUGGAUAUGUACGAUGCCGUAGCAAAAGUUGUAGCCCCUAAGAAAGCCAAAUUGGAGGCGGCUGAAAGAGAAUUUGCACAAACUAUGGCCAUUUUAGAGGAAAAAAAGGCUCUUGUUGCUAGAUUAGAAGCCAGAUUAGCCGAGUUACGCGAAGCACUAGAAGAAGCUAAUAUUAAAAAGAAAGCACUAGAAGAUGAAGUACAACUGUGUAUCGAUAAAUUGGCUAGGGCUGAAAAGUUACUUGGCGGUUUGGGAGGUGAAAGGGUCAGGGCCAAGGACCAAUUGCACGAGCAAUGA